CGCUCGCGGGGCGGGCGGAGGCGGCGAGGGCUGCGGGGACCCGGGCCCGGAGGAUGCGGAGCCCCUGCCUCGGCCCAGCCGGAGCAGAUGAUGGCGAUUCGGGAGCUCAAAGUGUGUCUUCUCGGGGAUACCGGGGUGGGGAAAUCCAGCAUCGUGUGCCGAUUCGUCCAGGAUCACUUUGACCACAAUAUCAGCCCUACUAUUGGGGCAUCCUUCAUGACCAAAACAGUGCCUUGUGGGAAUGAACUUCAUAAAUUCCUCAUCUGGGACACUGCGGGUCAGGAACGGUUUCAUUCACUGGCUCCCAUGUACUAUCGAGGCUCCGCGGCAGCUGUCAUAGUGUAUGACAUUACCAAACAGGAUUCAUUUCAUACCCUAAAGAAAUGGGUUAAAGAGCUGAAAGAACAUGGCCCAGAAAACAUUGUGAUGGCUAUUGCUGGGAACAAGUGUGACCUCUCAGAUAUUAGGGAGGUUCCCUUGAAGGAUGCUAAGGAAUAUGCUGAAUCCAUAGGUGCCAUCGUGGUUGAAACAAGUGCAAAAAAUGCCAUUAAUAUUGAAGAACUCUUCCAAGGAAUCAGUCGCCAGAUCCCACCCUUGGGCCCCCAUGAAAAUGGAAACAACGGAGCGAUCAAAAUUGUGAAGCCAACCUCAUCCAACGGCUGGCGGUGCUGUUGACGCGGAGGCCGCCACGGCCGUCCCCGAGCAUCCAAAGCCCAGGCCCACUUGCUGCCUGCCGGCCCCCUCCUCGGAGGCCUGGCACCUUCCUUGGAGAAAGUGAGCCUGCUGGCUGUGCACGGUGGAAGACCUGCUGGGAACAGGGAAGAAAAUGUCCCUGGAAGAGGAUUUUCUAAAACUCCCGAUUGAAGCCCACCACACCACCGCCAAGCGGCCUUUAGCGCGUGAAACACACAAGGGGACGGAUGUUAGGUAAUGCGUAGAUGCUUGAGUUUUUUGUUACAAAACCUCAAAGAAUUCUUGAAUUUGUACAAAAGUCUUGCUGACUUAGUGUGGGGUGGGGUUCCAGUGUCCCAUUUCCUGUGUCACCUGGCCAAAUUUCAGUUACAUCUUCAACUCCAGUGCCUUUGUCACCUAACCAGCCUUCGCUGAACCGCACAUUUAAUUUAGAAGGUAAGCUUCUAGCUGGCUUUGGAAUGAAGCCUUUACUUAACAUUGUCUGAAGGAAAUCCGAGAAGUGUAAUUAGACCAUCACUCAAGCUCAAGACAAGCUCUUACGAAAGAGGAGAAAGACGUGUUAGAAACUGUUGUCCACAGCUCUGACUUUUUUUUUUUUCCACAGCUCUGACUUUUAAUUGAUCAACAUUUUUCUUUCUUUGGGUCACAUACAAACCAACCAAAUGUGACUAAAAUAUUGUGUAUAAUUUUGGGGUUGGGAGGCCUGGUUUGAAAGAGUCAUUUAAGUAGUUACUAUCUAAGCAGUGACUGAUGUUGAAUACAAAUAUUAUUUAGGAGUCUGCCUGGCAUGUGGCACUCCACAGUAAUAUUUCUUAAGAGAAUAUGUUCUGGUGUCUUAUGUAGGGGGAGAAAUCACCUGGAGGAUAUUUGAGUCUAAGUCGAAGGACAAACGUCUAAUAGCAAUUGAUUAUAGAUUACAGGAAGGGCAGCCAGAGGAAGUAUCUUAAGAUUUGAGACACCACCUGCCCCCCCCCCCCCCAAAAAAAAAAGACAAAAUCAGAGAAAGCAUUUUCAAAGUUGCCAGGCUUGGGGAGGUGGGUAAACCUCGGGCAAACACGAGGUACUGCCCUGGAACUAAACUGCAAAUAGGUUUCCAUGAAAACCUUCCUCUUCAGAUUCCUUGUCUGCUCAAUUAAUAAAAAGUGGCUGGAAGUAAACAAAAGGGAUAAAAGAGAUGGGACAGAAGACAAGCUGUUUCCAACCCCAGUUCAAAACCAACCGCCAUUGUAACUUCCAUAAAGACCUGGUAUCAUGAAGCAGGUGAUUUCCUAUCAGGCUUAUAUUGGGAGGUGAUUUUUAGGGACAGGGUGUUUUACAGGAAAACUGU